AUGAAAAUGGAUAUAAUGGACGAAACUCAAAUAAAUAAUAAAAUAAAAGUUUUAAAUGUUUUUCAGAAUGAGGAUAUAGCAGAAAAUACAGAAAAACAGCAUUUUUCUAAUAAAUUUGAAUUUGAAAAAGGAAUAAUACGUAAUGCAAUAGUUUCAUCAAAUACAAAUAAAUUUCCAAAAUUGAAUGAAAAAGAAAAAGAGAAAAAAAAUUGUAUUAUAUUUCGCGAACAAUGUGAAUACUGUUUAACAAAUUAUUCAAUAAGUGGAAAUUUAAUUUUAACUAAAGAAUCUUUAUUAUUUGAACCAGAUUUAAGAGAUAAAAAUGUUAUAACUAAUGGUUUUGGUACAUAUCAGAUAUUUAUUGAUUUAUAUGAUAUCUACGAAUGUGCUCACAUUGUAGUACCAACAAAAGGUACCUACUUAUAUAAUAAUGAGGAAACAUGUGGUUUUAUUCAAGUUUUAUUAAAAAGUAUAUAUAACAAAAUAAGUGAUGAUACAACACACAAAAAAAAUUGUAAUAAUAUUAAUAAUAAUAAUGGUAUCGAUAAUAAUAAUACGAAUAAUGAAGUUAGUAAGCAAAAAAGUAUAUCUUACUAUAAAUAUAUAAGCAAAAGUUUAUCUUUCGUAUAUAAUUUAGCUCAUCCAUUAGUUCAAAAUACAUCAUUUAAAGAUUAUAAAAAUGAUAAAAAUAAAAAAAGUGAUUCAGCUGGUUCAUCUACCGACAUGUCAAAACAAAGUGAAAAAAAUGAAAAUGAGGAAAAUACAUUAACAAAAAAAAAAAAAAAUAGUUUUAUUAAUUUUGAUAUAAAUUCAAAAUGUAAUAUUAUAGAUCAUUUGCAUGAUAGUGAUUUAAAAAUUUAUCAAAAAAUUAAUGAAACAAAUUAUAGUAAUGUAUCUUCAUCCCAACCAAUUAUUACAUAUAAAAAUAAUUUAAAUUUAGUUAAUUCUAAUUCCUUUUAUAAAGAAGACAUCUCUAGUAAUAAUGGAAAAAAAAAAAGUGAUAUAUAUAACUUAAGAGAAUAUGAGAGCCUGAAAGAGGGAUUUACACAAAAUGAAUUAUUAAAAAAGGAUAAUGGUGAAAAAAUUGUAAAUAUAAAUAAAAACUGUCAUGAAUGUGAUGAAGAUAAAGAAUAUAAUAUAAUCAAAAGUGAAAAUAAUGAAUGUGUAAAUUAUAAAUUAAAAGAUAUUUCAUUGAAAAAUGACAAUUUUAAUGGAAAUGAUAAAAAAAAUCCAGAUAAAAUAGAAACAGAAGUAAUAAAUUCACCGAUUUGUCAAAUUCAAAACUCUACUUCUAAUAAUAUAAAGAAAAAUUCUUCUGAUAUACACAAUAAUGAUUUAGAUUAUAAAACAAACAUUGCUCCUAAUGAUUUAUUAAAUGAUAAUAAUAAUUUAAAAGAAGAUUUGAAGAAUAAAUUAAGGACAGAUAUUGAAAACGAAAUAAACAAAAGAUCACAUAAAAAAUAUGAAGAAAAAAGUUUUAUAUUAUUUAGAUUUUUUAAUAAUAAUAAAGCAUAUGAGACAACAACUAAAAUAAUUAAAGAAAUUGAUGAAAUUAGAAAAUCUGAAAAUAAAAUAGAAAAAACAAUAACUUCAGUGCCAUUUACAUCUAAUGAGUUACUAAGAUGCAUUAUUGAGCAAUCAUUAAAAACAAAUGAAUCAAAAAAAGAAGAAAGAUCUACUUCAUUAAAUGAUAAUAGAGAUCAAAAAUACCAAGUAUUAGUACCAAAACUUGAGUAUAUUAAUGGUUCUGCUAAAUUAUUAAGUAAAGAAAUGACUAAACAAAUAAACUAUUAUUUGCCACCAACAUUAAGUAUUAAAAUAUGGAAGUUAGCUUUUUGUUCAAGUAUUCAUGGAGUAUCAUUUAAAACCUUAUAUAGAAAUGUUUUUAAUAAAGGAAGUGUAAUUUUAUUAAUAUAUGAUAUGAAUAAUGUAUUAUUUGGAUAUUUUUUAGACAAACUACAUUGUGAUAAUUGCUAUUAUGGUUCUGGAGAAAACUUUUUAUUUACUUUUAAAAAUUCUAAUGAUAAAAUAAGAGAGAAUAAUAAUAACAGUACAAAUGAUAUUAGUAAAGAAAUUGUAAAAGACAUAUCUAAUUAUCCUACUCAAGUAUCUUCAGAAAAAACCUUUGAAAAAAUAGAGAAUAUUGAUUUUUCUAUAGAAAAUAAUAAAAUAAAUAGACAAAGUAAUAACACUGAAAAUACAAGUUCAAAUAUCAAUUUGACUGAUAAUUUAAAAAAUAAUUGGAAAGAAUCAACUAAAGAAUACUCUAAUCAAGAUUUAGUUAAUUCAAACUCUAAUAAUUAUUUUAAUACAUUCGAUACGCAUACAAUUGAUACAUCUAAAAAAAUUCACAAUUAUAGUACAUAUGGUACCAAUGAAGAAUUAUGUAAUUUAAUUAGCCAAAUAAAUACUCCAAAUUAUCGUAAAAAUACUUGUACUACUGAAAAUUAUACAUUAUAUGAAAAUAAUAAUAAUUCUGAUAAUAAUAAUAAUUCUACUAGUAAUAAUAAUAAUAAUAAUAAUUCUACUAGUAAUAAUGAAAAUAAUAAUACUUCCAUACAAGUUUAUAUGUGGACAACUAAAAAUAACUAUUUCGUUUAUUCUGAUGAAAAAUCAAUUAUGAUUGGAGGUGGUGAUAAUUAUGCACUAGUUAUUAAUGAAGAUUUAUGCAAAGGACAAACAAAUAGAAGUAACACUUAUGAUAAUGAUUUAUUGACUUAUGAUGAAGAGUUUGAAAUUCAAUUUUUGCAAUUAUGGAUUUUUGAAGAUUAUUAA